GCGAUGUUAUUAAUUUAUCAAGAUUCUAGUGUAUCACAAUCUAUUAUUUUAUUUUUUUUAUUAUGUUUAGGAAAACCAUCAAGAAGCAAUUAAUGCGAACUACAGGUGUACAUGGAAAGUAUAUAGAUGCUGCUAGUGUGAACACAGCGAUAUAUUUGUAUUACAUUAUAUAUGGUAAAAAAAUCACAACGGUUAAAUUCGGCAGAGAAAAUCUUCUAUAUAUUAUCAUGACCAUCUGAAGAUCGAACAACUUCACAAUUUGUUAUUUUCCUUGUCUGAAAAAUUCUCAUCCAUCAGCCAUGGAAAACAUCAACAACAAAGAAUUAAGUAUUUGCAAGAAAAAAACAAUGGGGCGAAGGAAGAUCGAAAUAAAAAAAAUCGAAAAGAAAAGCAGUCUGCAAGUAACAUUCUCGAAGCGGAGAACGGGCCUGUUUCGAAAAGCCAGCGAACUCAGCGUUCUCUGUGGUGCGGAAAUCGCAAUUCUCGUGCAGUCUCCGGCGAAUAAGAUCUACUCGUACGGCCACCCUUCUGUCGAAACUUUGUUCCACCGCUACCAGACCGGCGGAGGUGGCGGAGCAGCCUCGAGUAUUAUCCCUUACAGGGAAGAUGGGAGGAGUAAGUACGAUGAAGCUGUAAAGAAACUCGAGAUAGUAAAGAGAUCAAUGAAGCAAGAGAGUAACAGUAGUAGUAAUACAAGAUUCUGGUGGGAUGAACCGAUGGAGGGCAUGGAACUUUACGAACUUGAGGAAUAUGCCGAAGCAAUGGAAGCUUUGAAGGAUAACGUCUUGCGCAGAGUGGACGAGAUGGAGAAGCAGAAAUCGAUCGCUGCUUCCGCUUCCAUGUGGGAUCUUGAUCCUACUUUCCAGAUUAAUUAUCAAGAUUUCGAUGUAAGUUAUAACUUUCUUGACUUUCCUUUAUGUUUUUAG